UUAUACGAUAAACCUUUUAUGUGUUCUUCAAAUAGACUUGUUUGAUUUUAAAGGGCGAAAAAAACUAAAAAUAACUCGAAUCAUCACUUCCUGUUGUCUUCUACACGUAUUAUACAACAGUACGUUUUCUUAUGAUCUUGUGAUCAAUGUACAAAUAUAUAAGACAAGACAUAAUAACUUUAAACAUCACUGGAUUUACCGAACUUUAUAGAUAACAGUUAUAUAUAUAUAUAUUCUUCCGGGUCUAUGAAAGCAUACCUUUUACAUGUAUUUUGAUCGUAGUUUUCAUUUCACUAGGCACGAAAAUUUGGAAUUCGAGUAACUAUCAUACAUAUAAAAAUAUGCAUACAUGUAUAUGUGUAGAGAGAAAUACAAAAUAAAAAUCUGUGGACGCACUCGAAACAAUGGAUUUAUCAGAAGUUCAAGGAAAACUUUGUCCACAGAACGUUAUACUGGACAGUGACAUAGUCACCAGGACAGGAGAACUGGUUCCUGCUGGAACAGAGAUUUGUGUUUUAUUAUGCGAACAACUGGUACUUUGUGCUGGUGAUGGGGAUUAUUUAAAUGUCAAUGUUCUUGGCAGUACAAAAACGACAGACAAACAUGAAAAAAUAUAUUUAAACCCUGGAAAUCAGGAAUUAUUUGCUGACAUUCAUUGCACUGGAGAAACAUAUAAAACGGUAGACGAGCUGUGUCGUGAAUAUCCUCGCUAUUUUUCUUGCAAAAAUGAUUUGUUUGCAAUGGAUAAAAAAGACUGUACUGUCAGAGUGAACAGUGGCGAGAAACUCGAAUUUAAAACGAUACAGUGUAUAGAAAGCAGUUUAGCAGCAAUAGCCAAAGGUGGACAACAGACUUACACCAAUGUCAGGAUAACCACGAAAACAUCAAACGUUGUGCUUUGUAGCCGUAAUGGCUGUGACAUUCAGAUACCAUCUGCCUGUAAACAUACCUUCCAGGGCCUUGAAGACCCUAAUCAUUACACACCACGCGAGUUGUUACAAAAUUUUCCUCUUCCAAGGCAAGUCAAAAUAAUUGACGAAAGUCUUAAUAAAUUGGGAUUACCGUAUAUAUGUUCUAACGAACUCAAUUUGCAGACAGUUACAACGAACCAUUUUCUAUUGUUUACAUCCGGAUUCAAAACUGGCCCUCCUGUAUCAGGAUUUGAACUGCGACACCAAGUUAAGUGUUGUGAAUUAAUCGACCCAACUGCAGUGAAACUCAGAAGACGUAUAGACAACAGUCAGAUUGGCGAGACGUUCUCCACAGUAUUUUUGUUUGAAAAAGUACAAGGUGACCAAAUAGUAUUUUCUGUGAUUGGUAGAAAGUGUUCCACUCCAGUAUCAAGAUUAAAAGCGGGACGACAGCAUUAUAUGGAUAUGAACGUAUCUAAAGAAAAAACUGCAGCACAUAAGAUGUCAUCUAGUGACUCGGGAUUUGCAGAGGCUGACUUAGAAUCAUGUGCGUCGACGCUUACGAUUGAAAAGGGAAGACCUUCAUUUAAGCAAACUAAGCUCCCACAUUCCGAAUGUCGUACUUCCGAUAGAUUAUCUACUAAAGAGGAGUACUUAAAUCCAAUCGACAAAGACAAUACCACAUCCGACCGCUCAUCUGGAGAAUAUGUAGAUGUUAGAUUAGACGGAGAACAAACACCGCCAUUACCAGAACGGAAAUACCUUGAUCUUCCGAUUGAACAAAAGGAUAAUCAUACAAAAUAUGAUACAGAUCAAGUCAAACCCGAUGAAGGAGCAAAUAAAAAAUCAGAGACAAAUAAUAAAGAACCUGAAAAGAAAUCGGAUAUUAGACAGCCAGAGAGUGACAUUGGAUCGAUGACAAUGAUUGAACUCGAAAAUCUACUUAAAAGUGUAAAGCUUAAUAAAUUUGCUGAAAUGUGCUGUGAAGAACAAAUUGAUGGAGAGUUUUUCAUGGAAAUGAAUGAUGAAAUUCUGCAAGAGGAACCGUUUAGUUUGAGACGGUUCGAUAUAUUGAAAGUGAAAAAAUUACAGGGUGGAUGGAAACCAAAAUAAGUAUAAGGAUAUUCCCAAGUAUAACAUCCCGACAUUUGUUAUGUGACUACAAUUAAGGUAAACAUGUGUUCACUCAGAAAUAAUGUUAGUAACCAAUAGAUUGAUAAUUCAAUAUGUGUGCGAUAUCUACAUUCAUCAUUUUAAAACAUGUGUACUCCUACAGAA